CUACCACAACACCACAACUUACUACUCGACAAGUGAUACCCGCCGAACCUCCAGCCAUGGAGACGGCAAUGAAGACAUGGGAGCUCGAGAACUCCAUCAACCUCGUGGACCCCACCCGCGACGCCCUCUACACCUACUCCGAGUCCUCCCAAAAGUCCAUCAACCAAGCCAAACCCUGGCGCUCCGACCCCAACUACUUCACCCACGUCCGCAUCUCGGCCGUCGCCUUGCUCAAAAUGGUCAUGCACGCCCGCAGCGGCGGCCACCUGGAAGUCAUGGGCCUGAUGCUGGGCAAAAUCGAAGCAAAUACCUUCGUCGUUACCGACUCUUUCAGAUUACCUGUAGAAGGGACCGAGACGCGGGUGAAUGCGCAGGACGAGGCGAACGAAUACAUGGUCGAGUUUUUGGACCGGGCGAGGCAGAGCGGGCAGAUGGAGAAUGCGGUCGGGUGGUACCACAGUCAUCCCGGCUACGGAUGCUGGUUAUCCGGCAUCGACGUUAGUACCCAGCGCACGCAGCAGACGUUCCAGGAUCCAUUCGUCGCCGUCGUCAUCGACCCGGAUCGCACGGUUUCGGCUGGCAAAGUGGAGAUCGGAGCCUUCAGGACGUAUCCCGAGGCGUACGUCAAGGACAAGGAGAAGAGCGGGAAUGUGAGUGGCGGGGGCGAUGGCUUCGAAACCAUUCCGCUGGGUAAGAUUGAGGAUUUUGGCGCCCAUGCCAAUCAUUACUAUGCGCUGGAUGUGAGUCACUAUAAGAGCACGCUCGACACGAAGAUCCUCGAGGCGCUGUGGAAUAAGUACUGGGUUAGUACACUGUCUGCCUCUCCGCUGUUUUCGAAUCGCGAGUAUGGGACGAUGCAGAUAAGGGAUUUGGCGAGUAAACUGCAGCGGGAGAAUGCGGGCCAGAAGCGCUUGCAGAAUAUCAUGCCAGGCGGUGGUGCUGCCGAGACGGGGAAGGGUGGGCAGUUGAAGAAGUUGGUUGCUGCGGCGGAGAAGAUUAGUAGGGAGGAGGAGAUGGGGUUGUUGGCCGCGCAGGUUAAGGAGAAGGUGUUCAUGGUCAAUGGUCCCAGUGGUGGGGCUGGCGACGCAGGGCAGCAAGGGAAUGAGGUGGAGAUGAAGACAUAAGUCCUGUUCUUAUGGCGUUUGAGGGUUAGACAGGUCUGCAUGGCGUGGUGUUUGGCGCUCUAUACGGUGGACAUGGGAUUGCGAAAUGCGAAUGAACUGUUACGACUCCGCAUGAGAUGCUGCGAUGGUCUUGGUAGGAUCAUAUUACAUUGGUGGUCCGGGCUCUAGAUAACCGUCUAACUAUACUAAAUAAAAGUAUUCUACAAG